AUGCUAGUGGAGGUAGUGAUAAAAGAGUGCGCAUAUGGAAGGUGGACCAACGAGGAAGGCCCACAAAAAUGUAAUUCAUCCUUUGCCACUCUUGUCGGUUGCAAUAAUGCAGUUACUCGUCUCGAUUUUGAAGCUGAAUCAAGACUUCUUCUUGGUGCUAGCAAUGACCAUGGAGUCAGAUUGUGGAACGUGGAUAAUCAAAGACUUGUGAGCUCAUUUAUGGGACAUACGGACAGGGUAUCAUCGGCACGUUUUCUUUCAUCGCAUCAGGUUGUUUCCGGCUCGAAUGAUCGCCUAAUAAAAUUAUGGGACGUGAGGAGUCAAAGAUGUGAUUUUCUCAUUUUAAAAGCGAAGAAAAGUGUGCGCUCGGUGUUUCCUGGUUCUACCAUUCUUGAUAUUGUCGGCGUUGAUGGAGCAGCUUCAACUUUCAUCUCAGAACGUUUAACUACUACCUUUAUAGGGCAUUUUGACAGAAAAUUGAGAUUUUGGGACUCAAGAAAUCAAGAGCCUGUACAUAUAAUAGAGGUGGCAGGAAAAGUAACCUCUCUCAACAUGUCGCUAGGUGAUAGUUUCGAAUCAAAGAGUGCUUUCUUCUUGGUUCCUAUGCUUUUUAUGUGCAGAUGGCAUUCACCUUCUUUGCUCUACUCGAGACGACACCUUAUCAUUAAUGGACGUUCGAAAGUAGUUUUAAUUUCAUCGCUCGUAGGGCUGAUCAACGCUGAACAAUACCGCACGUCGAGUGAUCUGUCGCGUUGUGUUCUUUCGCCUGGAAUGCAAUAUUGCGCUGCUGGGUGGGCACGAUAUUUUGUCUUGAAUUUUUUAAAUAAAACUACUAAUUCAAUCAUAUACAUUCAAGAGCACCUGAUGGAAGCGUUUUCGUAUGGAAUAUACAGUCUACAAAACUUGAGAAAGUGUUGCACAAAGGAGGACAUGACGCAAGAGAACAAUUUAAUCAAAAAUGUUCAGGCAUGCUGUACUUUCACUCAGCUGGAACCCUUGCGGGCAGGGACUUUUGAGUGGAGACAGGCAGAAAAUAGUGUGCAUGUGGAAGUGAGGCCAAUAUUUUCCUGCCACUUUUGCUUACCAGAAACGUUGUGA